AUGGUCUAUGAUAAGGGAAGUACCGGAUGGUAUUUGAAGGCUGCUAAGUCUACACAAGCACCACCUACAUCUGUAGCCGCUUCAGCUUCAGCUUCAGCCUCAGCCUCUGCUCCUGUAUCAACAGCAGCUCAAUCCUCUUCCACACAAGAACUUGGCUCAUCUUCAGAAGCACCUUCUUGGUUUUUAUCCUUUCAACAAGACUUUUCUGGUUUCUCUUCUGAAGCACGCAUUGGUCUUCAGAAUAUCAAGGCAAAGGUCACAUCACUUGAUAAAUGGGUCACUCUUAUAGAAAAAAAUCAUGCCAAAACUUCUAUGAGCAGUAAUCCCAUGGACAUUAGCUCUGCUUCUCAGAGUGCAAAUGAUGAUGAUGGUGAUGAUGAUGAUGAUGAAGGAAAUUCUGAAAAUGAAGGUGAUGAAGAAAACACUGAAGAAGAAGGGACUCAAGAAGAAGGAGGCAAAGAAGUAGAGAAAGGAGAUGAUUCUGUAGAAGAAUAUUAG